UAGAAUAUAAAAAAAUAAAAUCAAUUUUCUCGAAUUGCGCUCUACAUCUACUGCAUUGUGAACGGCUGCUGUUCCACUCGCCCAGUAAAUGAUCGUUGGAUGCCAUUAGAUUGGUGAUGGAGCAAUGGCUUCCCCUCUUCCAAAUCCUACUCGACUCUCCCUCUCCCGAGGGAGAAGCCUCGUUCUGGCUCCUAGAACAACACCACGAGCUCCAUUCUCCUGCUACAUCUGCCUUCCUAUCUCUCCUCCUCUCCCCCUCCCCCUCCCCCUUGCACUCUCUCUCCUCUCUUACCGCUUCUCCUUCCUCUUCAAACCCACUCAUUUGGUUCCAAACCCUUCCUUUUUCAAUCCAAACCCGCAUUCUCUCACUCCUCACAGCCGAGAGCCGCAGAUUCUGCCCUCGCCGGCUUCAAUCCCUUGCAUGCCAUAUAAUGAACUCUGAUCUUCCUUUCUCCGCUGACCAUCCGGCUUUCUGGGUCCGGCGAGCUGCCCGCAACCUGUUCGACGCUUUGCCUGGGUCAGUUCUUGAAUCAGAACAACGGGCAAGCGAAAAUGAGUUCGAUUCUUUGCCGCAUUGGCUUGAAAAUGUUGCCAAAACUAACACUCUUCUCCCUUGGCUUCCUGUCAAUGUAAGCCACCUUAAAAAAGCAGCCGCCUUUGAGUUUGCGAAGAAAUCCAGAAGCAAGGAACUGGUUAGCAAAAACGGAAAAAUCAAACCUUUAUCUGAAUCGGAAGACAAUGAUAAUUCUCCACCUCCUCUUCUUUCCCAGUCCAUCCAAAAGGCUAAUGCUUUGAAAGCUGAACUUUUGGCUAUAGACUGCACGGCGGAUUCCCUGCACUUGGCUGAUAAAAUCAGGCAGCUUUGCUUGGAAUCAGGAGUAGGAAAUGAGCUCAAGGUGUUGGAACUGAUUGAACCAUGGGAGGCAACUGAUGAGACCUUGUCUGUUUUGCUAUUGCAUCUCGUUAAUGAUGGUGGUUUGUUCUCCAAAAGCUGGCCGAGUUAUGUUCUAUGCUCCAUGGCCCUUCCCAAACUCCUAACUUUACAAAGCCCGGCUUCUCGAGCUCUGCUUUCGGCUACCAUUUGCUUUUGCAAGCAGCACCAGACUGCGGCAGUGGAAGGUCUCAUUUUUCCGCUUGUGCUUCACAAGGAAGGGAUCAAUGCUAUGCUUUGUGAUGUGCUUGUGAGGAUAAUUAAAGAAUGUUUGCACCCAUCUCAUGUUUCGGCCUUUUGUCAGAGAUUACUCUGUGGGGGAGGAAAGGGCAAGAAGCUUGUAUUCUUACCUGGUCACCAAGGCUUGAUAUCAGAGCAAGUGGUUUGGACCGAGUCAUCAUUCCAUCUCUUCCAGAAUAUCAUGAAUCUGGAUGUUUACUUCACUCCUGACACAAAUGAUAAGCUUGUUUCAGUUAUUGAUGAGAUGACAAGUAAGUUUUCACAUUCACUGAAGUUUGGCAACUUCUUGUUAUGUUUUGUGACAAAAUGCAGCUAUGCUGUGAACACUUAUAAGGUUCAGCUAAGGGAUGCAACUGAGAAGACAAGUACUUUGGUGACCAGAUCAAUUCUCUCAAGAUUGAAUGCUUAGUAUGACCACUUUAACCUUUCUUUAGCCCUUCAUCCAAAAGUUUUUUCUUUGUGCAAUGCGAGAACAUAAUUUUGAAGCUUAAUUUUUAAGUUGUGCAAGUUGAAAUGA